AUCGAUAUAUAUAAAUAUUUGAAAUGGAGGCACAUCCCUAAAGAUUGUCAAACUCAUUUGCGGCGCGCCGAAUAUUUUUUGUUGCAUUUUAUAACUGUUCUUAUGUACCCUUCAUAGUUUAUUGUUUCGAAUAUGUUAAACUUAAACUGCGUGAUAUGCGCCGAAUUGUUUUCACAGGCGGACGAGGUGUUUGUCACCGUCUGUGGCCACAUGUUCCACCACAACUGUCUUAACCAAUGGCUUGAUCGAUCUAAAACCUGCCCCCAAUGCCGCAACAAGUGCACCACCCGCAACAUCUUUCGGGUCUACUUCAAUUUGGCUAACUUGGAUGUCAGCCGCAUCGAUGUGGGAUCGCUACAGGAGCAGCUGGAUAAUGCCCACCUGGCACUGAAAAUGAAGGAAAAGGAGUACGGAAAGAUUGAACAGCAGAUGCGUGAGCAGAAAGACGGCACCAAGAAGUUCCUGAAAAUUGUAGCUGGCUUAGAGCAGAAGGUCCAGAAGAAAGACUUUCUAAUUAGCAGUUAUGUGGAGCAGAUCAACAUUCUAAAGAAUGAACACACGAUACUGGAUGCUUUGCGCAAAGAAAACAAAUCUCUGAAGCUGGAGCUUAACUCUGUGGAGGGCAUGUCAGCCAUUCUUGCCGCUGGUUCGGCAGACACCGAGCGUCUUUUAAAGAAUGAGUCUAAUCCCCAAGUGCUGGCCAACUGGGUCACCACACUGAAGCGCGAGUUGCGCCAGUGCGAGAGCAAGAAGAGUGAUAUGAGGAAUGUACUAACAGUGGUGCAAAAUGAUCUGCGUAAGGAGAUUGAGGUGAAACGCAAGCUGGAGGAGAAAGUUUCGCACCUGGAAAGCGAUCUUUACCAGGCACAGCAAGAGCUUCAAUCUCUGAAGAGCAAGACUCCGAUUGAAUCCCCUACCAAAAGCAACAUUAAAUUUCUUAAGAGGGAAGAGCGACGCGACACCAUCUCCCCCACAAUUAAGGAGAACAUCAAGCGCAUAGAAGAGUCUACUUCGCCUUAUUUGAAUAUCAAGUCCAGCAGCGUUGGACUAGCCCAUCUUCUUAAUACCAAGGGUAAUAUUGGUUUGACAAAGACCAAAAUAUCACCAAUUAAGGCGGCGGCUGGUGUCAAUAUGGCCAGUGGAACUGUUCGAAAGACUACAAGUGACCUCAGCGAAAAGUACUCCAUUUUUAAGAAACCACGACUGCUGCUACCCAGCAGUAGUGGACUAACGGCCACAUCCAGCUCGAACUUUGUCUUCAACGGAAUGGGUGGAUCGGAGAAGGUGGAUCCUUUUGCGCAGCGAGCCGAGGAGUUGGAGAAUUGCCGAUCCACGGCACCACUUGCACGGAACGUCAACCAGCGAUUGAAGGCGGGAACCCUUCGCAACUUCAAACUGGGAAAAUAAGCCAUGUGAUCUAUAAAGACUGCCGGUCUUCGGGAAUUAGAAUGCGCUUGCUAUUAUGUUAGGUAGCCAAUGCAUGAUUUUGAAUUAAUAAGUUAGAAUUAAAUACAAAAAUACGAAACGGGAA